AUGUCGAACCCUCUGGACACAGAUGCAGGCUCGGAGAUGUUUGCCAGCUACGAGAAUGAGCUGAAGCUCGUGCAGGCCGAUCUCAAUCAGAAGCUAGAUCAGAUCGCCGAGGCAAGCGGCGAGCAGCGCAAGUCUGCAAUUCGACAAGCAGAGCAGGUCCUUGAAGAAGCUACAGAAUUGCUCGACCAAAUGCGCAUGGAGAAGCAGAACAUCCCCUCCGCGUCCCGGUCCGAAGUCAAUCGGCGCUUCCGGAAUUACUCGACCGAUAUCGACGAUAUCAAGCGCAAGCUCAAGUCUCUCUCGGACGACCGUAAAGCCCUCUUCGGUGAUCGCUACACUGAUGACCCAGUCGACGAGCAUCUGGAACAACGUCAACAGUUGUUGUCUGGCACCGAGCGCCUGGAGCGCAGUUCUGCCCGGCUCCAGGGUGCUCAGCGGACAGCUUUGGAGACGGAGGAUAUUGGGCGAAACGUUCUGGCCGAUCUAUAUGUGCAACGACAGACGAUUGAGGGUACUCGUGUGAACAUGCAGAGCAGUGAAGGAUACGUCGACAACAGUAUUAAGACCCUGAGGGGUAUGGCUCGUAGGAUGGCCACAAAUCGGAUAAUCACGAUUGCAAUCAUUACUGUUCUCGUUCUUUUGAUUUUCGCCGUUAUCUUUAGCAAGUUUCAUUAG